CUUGACUCCCACACCCAUCAGCGAAUCAGAUUCGCCGCGAUGAAGCUCGUCAGCAAGCAUGUCGAUAAACAUGGGGCCGGCCAUGUAACGCUGAGGCCAGAGGACGACGAGGACAUGUGGCAUCUCUAUAAUCUUAUCCAGAAGGGGGACUCGGUUAGGGCGCCGGCAGUGAGACGCGUACAGAACGUCUCCUCGACCGGCUCCGUCGAAUCACACCGCGUACGCCUCAACCUCACCCUCGAAGUCAGCAAGGUCGAGUUCCUCUCCGGCGCCGCCCCCGCGGGCUCAGGCCCCGACUCCUCCGGCGACCCCAACAACCCGCAGAACUCCUCCGCCGCGCUGCAGAUCUCCGGUCGCGUCACCUCCGAGAACCCCCACGUCCGCAUGGGCGCCUUCCACACCCUCGACGUCGAGGCGAACCGCGACGUGCGCAUCGAGAAGGCGGAUGGGUGGGACAGCGUCGCGCUGCAGCGCGUCAACGAGGCGAUUGAGCCCGGGCGCGGGGCGGAGGUCGCCGCGGUCGUGUGUGGGGAGGGCACGGCGGCGUUCUGCUUGCUCUCGCAGCAUAUGACGCUGGUGACGCAGCGCAUAUCGGUCCCGGUGCCCAGGAAGGCGGGCGCGUCGGGGGCGUCGCAGCACGAGAAGGCAUUGGCGAAGUUCUAUGCGACGCUGUACGAUUCGUUCGUGAGGCACGUACCGUAUGCAGCGGCGACGCUGCGGGCGAUCGUCAUCGCGAGCCCGGGGUGGGUGCGGGACGCGGUGCAUGAUUAUCUGUUGGCGGAGGCGGGGAAGAGGGGGGACAAGCCUUUGCAGAAGGCACUGAGGGAGAAGGUGGUGAAGGUGCAUGUGUCCAGCCCGCACGUUCAUAGUAUGGUGGAGGUGCUGAAGAGCCCGGAAGUGGUGGCGCAGUUGAAGGAGACUAAGUUCGCAAGGGAAGGUGUCAUGCUUGAUAGGUUCUUCAAAAUGCUGGGCACCGACGAGAUGCGGGCAUGGUACGGUCCAGACCAUGUCUGCUUGGCUGCCGACCGAGGAGCUAUCGGAACGUUGCUCAUCUCGGAUGAGCUCUUCAGAUCGAGCGACCCGGAAACCAGGAAGAAAUACGUCGCCGUCGUCGAAGCUACCCAACAGAAGGGUGGUGAAGUCCUAAUAUUUUCCAGCAUGCAUGAGUCAGGACAACAACUGAAUCAACUUACCGGAAUUGCUGCGAUCCUCACCUUCCCCCUCGACGUCGAGGUCGUUGAGGCAGAAGAGCGCGAAGCGGCCGAGGAGAGGAAACGACAAGAAGCAGAAGCGAAUGGAGUGAAGAUGGAUGAGAGUAGCUAAGGUUGUAGCAAUAUCGGUCGUGCGUGUAUCUUUAUUUCUCUUGUAUGCUGUACGCGCCCUUGUAGCCCCUAUAUGGAAGUCUUUGUAUUCUA